CCGCCUGUCUAUUUUGAGCGGGAUAACGUCGCAAUACAACCGACAACCAACAGCUGACUGCAGUUCACAUACGCACUCGACGCGCUUGAUCGCAUGAGCAAGGUCGCGCCUCUCAAGACGGCCGAGGCGCGCGAGCCCUGCGACACGGGCCCGUCGCGGUCGGCCAUGGCACAAACCGCCAAGGCCCUCGCGCUCGCCGAGCGGCUGGGGGCCGGCAAGGCGUUUCGCAAGACGACGUUGCGGGACAUUGGCGAGCUCGGGAUCGGCGUCCAGCUCUACUUUAUGCUCAUCAAGUACGGCGCGAUCGUGCUUGGCAUCCUGUCGGUUUUUGCCGUACCCAGCGCCGUGCUCCAUUAUUAUGGCCACGGCAUCCUCGCGGCCAACGCUGACCCGCUCAAGCUCACGUACCUCUCGAUUGCGAACGAAGGCGUCAACCCGGGCAUCGAUGCAUCGCUGUGUCAAGCCAGCGGCGGACACGUCGACUGCUCUGGAAGCACGAUCGACACACCGCUGACAUCCGACCCCAAAGUCGCGUCGUACAUCAUUGCGGGCUGCGACUGCGCCUACUCGAUUGUGUUUUGGAUCUUCAUCGGGCUCUUUGGCCACCUCUCGCGGCGCGCUGUGCGCCUCGAUGCGGUGCAAAAUAGCACGCCGGCCAAGUACGCGGUGCGCGUCAAGGGCCUCCCGCGCGACGCGACCGAUGCCGAGCUGCUCGAGCACUUUAACGCGCGCUAUGCGCUCACACUGCCAGAGAUGCACUACCCGCUCUGGCUCGGUUGCUUUGGGCGACGCCGUCCUCCCCGCCGUCCCACAACGGUCCCGGCCACAGCGGGCGUUGUCGCAAAUGUCGAGCACGUGGAUGGCGAUGCGACCUACUUAGGCAAAUGGGUCGCCCAAGUGGCGAUCGCCCGCCCCACUGGGGGGCUUCUUCGGCACUUUUUGUCGCUCGAGCAUCUCACGACACAGCUCGCUGCGCUCGAGGACAUUCUAUCUGCCUAUCGCAAACUGCCGACGCGGUAUGCCAAAAAACUCGCUCUUGCCGAAGCCACCCAGACGCGGCUCCAAGCGCGAAUGGAAAGAAUCGUCGGCAAGAUGACGUCGCUCAAGACGACGGGGCUGCGACGACUCGCCGAGUGCGAGUGCGCCUACAUUGUGUUUGAAAACACCGAGAGCCGCCGGCGCUGCUUGCGCGACUACCGGACGAGCAGCUCGUCGUGGAAGCGGUUGUGGCAGCCAAAAGACCUGCGCUUCCGCGGCCAAUUUGCGAUCAUCGUCGAGCCCGCGCCCGAGCCGUCCAACAUCAUUUGGGAAAACCUCGAGACGUCGGCGACCUCGCGCUUUCUUCGCCGCUCGCUGACCAACAUAUUGACGUUUUUGCUGCUCUUGCUGUCGUGCGGCGUCAUCUCGCUCGCAAACAGCAGUCAGCGCAAGUUCAACGUGCCCGUGUUGACCAACCUGUGCGAGAAGAUUCAGCACGUAUACGAAGGCCCGUCGAGUACACCCACGGACAGCAGCCGUGUGGGGACGCUUGUCUGGAACGACUCGAUCUUGUGCGGCAGCGACGCGUCGUUUGCCAUCACAUUCGCCAAUGUGUCGGCGCCACCGCCGCUCCUGCCACCGUUUCUCAACUACAACGACGUUCGCCCGCCACAGAACCUCAGCCGGUGCAUAUCGCCGUGCUUCAACGUCUCGGUCGACGCAGCGGCCACGUGCGGCACGCUGCCGUGCUUUACAACCGACCGAAUGCGAACGUCAAAUAACGCGUCGAGUCAAUGCGAAGCCUAUGCGCCCGAUAGCAUCCUCAACUGCUACUGCAUGCCGCUUCUCGAGGCGGCGAUCCAGAAGGACGGCGUUCUCCACGGGCCGCGCCAGCUCUGGACCAACGAGCUUCCGUGCCAGAGCUACAUUACAGCGUAUUUGACCAAGACGAGUCUGCUCAUUGCCGCGGCCCUCACCGUGAUUCUGGUCAACGUCGGGCUCCAAGGGAUUUUCUAUGCGUUUGCGUCCUUCGAGCGGCACUCGUCCGAGUCGCGCAAGGCCGCGGCGGUCGUCCUCAAGCUCUUUUUCGCGCAGUGGAUCAACACGGCGGUCAUCGUGCUCAUCGUGAACGCGAGCCUUGGCAACGUCCCCCUCGUGAGCUCCUUGCUGAGCGGACAGUACAUGGACUUUGAGCGCGACUGGUACACGAGCGUUGGCGCGGGCUUGACCAUGACGAUGCUCAUCAACGCAGUUGCGCCGCAGAUCGGCCCGGUCCUCAACUUGUACGUGACAUACCCGCUCUCGCGCUGCUUUCGUGGACGGUACGCUGUCACGCAGGCGCAAAUGAAUGCGCUGUACGCGAACCCGAGCUUCAACAUUGCAUUGCGGUACCCCGUCGUGCUCAACACGCUCUUUGUGACGCUCAUGUACGCCGGUGGUCUCCCCGUGCUCUUGCCUGUGGGCGCGCUCGCGCUCUUCCUCACGUACCUGCUGGACAAGCUCACGAUCAUGAAGCUCUGCAGCGUGCGCACGGCGUUCGACGAGGCGCUUGGGUCGCUCGCCAUGCAGCUCCUGCCGUGGGUCCUCUUUCUCCACCUCGGGUUUUCGGCCUGGAUGUUUGGCAACUCGUCGAUUCUCGCGUCCGACUUGCUCUCGGUCAACGUAGUGGUCAAUGCCCUCGCGUCGUCAAUAAAUGGCGGCAACAGUACGGCGCUGCUAAGCGACGACCCGACUGCGCUGGUGCAAAUGGCCCUGGAGACGCAGAUGACGUCGGCGUCGCCGGUGGUUCGGACGCUGUACCGCUACUUGCUCAAGGCUUUUCUGAAAAUCAUCCGCCUCGAUACGUUUCCCGUCUUCUUCCUACUGGUGCUCGUGACGUUAUGGAUGCUGCUCUCGAGUACGCUCUGGCCGCUGCUCACGCCCUUGCUGCGCAUCUUGCGAAGCUGCAUUCGCCGCAGUCUCAAGCGACUCUGUGUGCGCGCGACUGUGCACCCGACGGUGACGGCGCUGGCGGACGAUGCCUCGCCGUUCCCGCCGUUUUCGGCGCUCUUUGAGCGCCACGUUGGGCUGAGCUACGCCUGUGACGUCGCCAAAGGCUUUGUCGUGGACGAGAACGGCGUGCUCACGCGGCGCUGGCCGCAAAAUGCAGCGCGCAUGCGGACGUGGGAGGCGUUUGCCGCGCCCGUCAAGACGUACGACAUGGCGAAAAACCCGAAAUACACGAUGGCGGUGCAGAGCCUCGCGAGCGCCCAAGCCAAGGUCACAAACGACGCGAUUCUGUCGGCGGGUCGCCCUGGUGAAUAA